CUGCGUUUCAUUUCCAGAGGCGCGCCUCGGUGCGGAGGAGCCGGAAUUCCACAUCUGGGGGACAAAAACGCGCGCAGACGCUCCUCACACACACAUCUGGAUAGAGAGAUAUUCAUAUAUUCACGUUAUUAUUAUUAUUUUAGUGAAUAAAUUUGCUUAUAUAUCCAGAGAGAGAGAGGUUUGUCAGUAAUUAGCGAUGGAGCUCCCUGCGGCGGGAGAGCAAGUGUUCGCCGUGGAGAGCAUCGAGAAGAGGCGCAUCCGGAAGGGAAGGUUUGAGUACCUGGUCAAGUGGAGAGGCUGGUCACCAAAGUACAACACGUGGGAGCCGGAGGAAAACAUCCUCGACCCACGCCUACUCGUGGCGUUCCAGCACAGGGAGCGCGAGGAGCAGCUGAUGGGGUACCGCAAGAGAGGCCCGAAACCCAAACUCUUUCCUACCCAGGUCCCAUCAUUCGCCUGGAGAUCCAGUGUCCUUCCUGACAUCCAUGAUGCAUCACAUGGCAACGGCAUCCUUGUCAAAACGCCGUCCGUCGAUCCGAUGCAGCAGUACCAACAGAACGGGAUCAGGAAGCAGAACUCGUACCAAAGCCUGGACGACGUCCUGAUCAACAGGAAGAACGUGAAGAAGCAGUACUACCAACUUGACAGCAAAAAGCACCACCAGUACCAACCCGACCCCAAACUUUACCAGCAGGAACAGGCACAGGAACCGGUUUUGGGGUGUCCGAGUGAUGUGAAGGCCGUCAGGGAUGUGGACCUCGAGAAGGUUCUGGAUAACGGAAGGGGAGAAACGAAGCUCAGUAAAGAGAGCACGAAACCCGUGAAAGGACAAAACGGCAAAAUGAAAAUUGUUGAGAAUAAGAACAAAAACGGACGAAUCGUCAUCGUGAUGAGUAAGUACAUGGAGAACGGGGGACAGCUGGAUGGAGGGAUGGAGCAGAAAGAGUUGUCGGAGAGGGGAACCAACGAGAGGAACGAUGGCGCUGUGGAGAAAUCCGAACACACUGAGAGGAACGGGUUAAAAAAUGGCUACCAUAAGGACGGCGGAAACGGAUCAGUCCACCAUGCUGCGGAAAGAUCAGAGGUGAUGAAAAACUCCUCUGGAAACGGCGUCCACAAGCGGCGUCACUCGGAACCUUCCAGCGACCGUCAGGACACUAAACGGUUCUUGAGCAGUCGGAGCUUUAGUGCACCAAACGCAAGCUCGAGUCCGGGUCAGAGCCACGUCACGAGCCUUAACGGACACCACGACCCGACUUCUGUGUUCUCAGGCUCGUGUCAGGACGAGCCGAUGGAUCUGAGCUUCGCGGGUUCUCGAGGAGCAAGGACCGCUGUCACGGACUUACGGACAAACAGACACUCGAACCCGGACAAGAAGGAGGCGCGGGAACCUGAACGUGCUUCGAGCUUCACACCUUUCCUCGGGAAUAUAAUAAUCACGGAUGUCACGGCCAACUGCCUGACGGUGACUUUCAAGGAAUACGUUCCUGUCUAGAAAAAACAGACAUUAAAAAAAAACUACUGAUUUUGUCACUGUGUAAAUUCGUUGCAUGUAAAUAAGCUUUUUUUUUUUUUAAGAAUGAUCAAACGCAAGAAAAAAAAAUUAUCACUCCCAAAGUGGGCGUUAUUUUUACAAGAAAGUGUAAUUUCUGUCAAAGCUGCUUUGCUAAUGUUUAGCAUUGAUCCCCCCCCCCCUCUCUCUCUCUCUCUCUCUUGUUUUCUUUCUCUCUCUCUCUCUGAUGGACAGAAGGCAGGGCGUAAAGCACUUUCCAUUCAAUAAGUCGCAAGAACCUGCACCAUCUUGAAGUGAACAAACUAAAUUUAAUUGCAGACUAUUUAAUGCACCUGCUGCUAUUAGUAUUUACAUUUGUGGUGUAAAAUGUGACGAACAGGGGUGUGGCGAUGCGGAGUUUCGUAUCGCGUUGUUCGCCACAGUGCUCACGGUGUCUGUAUAUCGGACAGUACGUUCAGCACUCAGCGUAAUAAUAAACCUCUUAUAAAGAACUGAACAUUAAUCGACUUAAUCGAUCUAAACUAGAAACCUACGAGGGUUAAAAACUAAAAACACUUUCCCUAAUCACGCUGCUUUUGAAAAGCUAAUACGCUAACAUGCUAACAUAUUAGCAUACUAGUCCGCACUGAUACCAGUGCAUCUACACCAACAUCAUGUAAAGGAAACACUCUCUUUCUUUCUCUCUCUCUCUCUCCUUCUCUCUCUCUCUCUCUCUCUCUCUCUCUCACUCUCGUUGUUUGUCUUGUUGCUUUUCUCAGCGACUGGGAAGUUCACAGCUGCAGAUAUGAGACUCUACCCACCCAGCAAAACAUUCAAAAACACAUUUGUCCUACAGAAAGUUGGGUGACACCAGACACACACACACACACCCCUGCACAAUGAGGGCUACGCAUGAGGGGUUGCCAAGUCUGUUGCUUUUAUGCACAAUGUGGAAAUAUUAAUUAAAUUAAGGCACAAUGACUUGUAUAUUUUUUCUUCUCUUAGUUUCAGCUGUGUGAGAUCUACUUUGGGUGAAUUGCUGGUCAAGAUCUGGCAACCCUGUACAACCCUGACCAGUUUAAUGGUAAUGUUUAACGAGCCAUUGUACAUGUUUAGCCAUGUUUGUUCCAUUCUAAUGCACGCUGCUAAGAGUCUUAACAGAUCACACGAACACCGUGACAUUAUUAUUUGUCUUUUCUUUUUCUUUCAUAAUUUGUGUCGUAAUCAAUUGAGGGGUUUGGUUUUUUUGUAUUGUAUCGAGCCAUCGCUAUCGAUUCUGUAAAUUGCGUAUCGUUCCACCCUCUGCCGUGUGUAAAAAUGAACCCGGAUAAAACUGAGCGGCUCUAAACAAAGACACACAAUCGUUUGUAAAAGAAACGAUUUAAAAAAUUUAUCACAAUUAAUUUUUUUUUACGUUAUCUAGAACUUUUUAUUUGCUUACACUUUUUUGUUAGACAGUAUGUAUUCUGAUAAUAUUCAGAUAAUAAUUUAAAGGUAAUUAACAUAUUCAAAGCUAAAAAAAACAAAAACAAAUGACGCCAAAUAGACAUUUUAACAAAAAAAUAAUAAUAAUUUGAUGAAAUAAAGAAUUAAAUAUCACACUGUUUGAUGACAUGUCUUCCAUGAGGUGUACAAAAAUAUAUCAGAUGUUAUUAAUAAUAAUUACAAUUUAUUGUAUUACAGAAUUUCGGUACAUGCCUAAAAUUUGUGUUGUAUUUAGUGAUUUUUAAACAAGUUUUUUUUUUCCUCAAAUAUUCUCAUUUCUGUUUCAGUUUGUAAAGCACUUACUGCAUGUAUUUGAAAUGUUUUAUCCUUAAAAUCUAAAUGUUUUGUAAAGUUGCUUCUACAUGCCAGGUUUGUCCCAGACGUCUAUCUCAGCACAUUAAAAUCUUAUUUUUGUGUGAUCACAGAUUUUCA